GGCGCUUUUUCGGUCUCCGGGCCUAAUGAUGCCAUCUAUUGAUUCUAACAUCACUCAGAAUCUCUCCAAUUUUGAGCAACCUACAGACCGAACAAACAGUUCAGGUGUUUCAAGUUUGUGGCAGGAAGUGGUUGCUCGUCUUGAAGCUUCAGUCGAACAAGAUAUUUGCUCAGAUGAUCCAUUACUCGUAUUAAAAUCCAUUCGGAUUCUUCGUCAGUUCGUUGUGGCUAGUGUAAUGAACAAGCUGGUUGUUGGAAAUAGCUCUGUUCUUCGUCCUCGGUUGCUCAAUUCACUUAGUCGUUUAAAUCAAUGGUCUACCACUCACAUCAAUGUGUGCAUUGACUUAUUCGGCUUAGUCAACAGUCUAGUUCGAGAUUGUUCUUCAUUAUCAGAUGAUAUUCUAAAUCAUCCGGAACUUUUGACUAAUUUCAUGAAUUUAAUUUUAAGUGAGAAAACAGACCCGAUGGUUCGUGAAGCAGAUUUAUUAUUCCUGCGUAGUCUUUUCAGAGCUGGAGACUUGGGUUCAGUAGUUGUACAAUCACCUCGAGAAAAAAUUGCUAUCGAACUUUUCACAGAGGCAACAUUACAAGUAUUGAUCAAUUCACUUUUAUUCAGUUUUCCCGAUACAACUUCGGAGUGCACUACUACCAACAGUAACAACAACUUGAUCUUAUCAUCCAAUCAAUCUGCCCUUGUAUUAACAGCAAACGCUAGAUGCUCACUUAUAGAAAUUUUAUCCGUGUUAUCUACAAGCUAUGAGCUAGCUGAACGUCUUCAUCGAUGCGGUGCAUUGAAUUUGUGCCAUCAAAUCAUUAUGUUCAUUUCAUGUAGGCAUCGUCUCCUGUCAGGUGAUCAACCUAAAUCAAAUUCAAUGGAUCGAGGAAAAGCUCUAUGCAAUCGUAUUGGUUGUAAUCGUACUAUUAGUCCAAGUAAUCAACUGGCUGCUAGAUUUUCACUGAAAUUGAUGUUACAUCUCUUCUUCCAUUUACCAAAUGCAUUAGAUUCAUUUAAAAAAAUUUACAAUGAAGAAGAACCGAUUAAAUUAGUUGCCUGUUAUAGUCAUUUAACAGGAACUAUGCCUCCAGUGUUACCUAAUGUUUGCUAUUCAACACCGCGUUAUCAACGUACCAAGAGAGUUCUUAGUGGUAAUACCACGUCAACUUAUUCUACUAGUAAUACUCCUACCAACCAUAAUACUUCAUCAGGUGCAUCUACUGUCAUUUUUACAUCUCCCAAUGAAUUUAAUCCUGAAGUUGCAUCUCAAAAAUUUCAUCAGAACUCUAUUGAUUCAACUGCAUCGACUGACAGACAAUUAGGAUCAUGUCCUGUUGAUAGUCGUAUAACUAUUUCAACGUGUUCUUGUGUACCAUUAGACCAUGGAACUUUUGCUCUCACUGGUCUACUUCGUGGUUUAAUUUAUUGGCGUUUAGCUAAUCAAUAUGCUAAUUCACAGACAGUUGAGGCGAUAGAUCAAUUCGGAACUCAUGUAAUCACUUCUGCUGGUCUAGGAAUUACUGGCGAUGAUAUUGCCUUACUAAUCAUUCAACCACUUACAGAAAGUUGUCUUCAUUUAGAAGCAACACGUAUAAUGACAUGGGUAUGUCAUGUUCUAGUUCUUGUUUUGGAUAAAAGUCCAGAAUUGCAUAUGUGGACUGUAUAUACUAAUUCGUUUGUACGUGAAGUAGACUAUCGUGUUACAUCUUUAUUAAAAGCUGUUCAAGAAGCAUCUGAUACUAUCUGCUCCAUUACUCAAAGAGAGAAAGGCCUACAACAAAACAUUCUGCAAAGUCAUACACAGUUUUUGGAGCAUUUAAUUCCACUGGUUAAAUUAUUUUCUUGUCUGGCAUCUGGACAUGAAUCCACUCGAAUACUUGUUGGUGAACUAACGAUGUGCAAAAAACUUAUAGACUUUGCGAUGCAUUUAAAGUCAUUGGGUAGUGAAAAUGCAAAUCUUGUAUUGCAAUUUCAGCAUUCUAUUGUUGUUCUAUUACAUGUACUGUCUCGAUCAUUCAGUUUACAUCAUACACUUUUUAAAAAUCAAACAAUUGGACGAUAUUUACUAAAAAUAAUUGAUGAUAAUCUGCCGAAUACAAUUAAAGGUUCUUAUUUAAGUGCGAAACUAGUCGAAGCAGCUUCAUCCACCUUAAUCAACCAAGUACUUCCAGUGUGUCCAUUAAAAGAAGCUUUAAUUGAUGAUUUCAUCAAUGUUUUCAUCCGUUUACUGACAAUUGGAAAUGUAAAAUCAUCAUCUUCAUUGUUAAUAUCUAAAGUUGAAUCAACCAGUCAAUCAAUCAGUACAUACGAUGCUGAUAAUUUUAACAAUAAUAAUAAUGACAGUAGUAGUAAUAAUACUAAUACUAAUGAUAACUUUUCUCGUCCUUCAAUAACGAAAUCUAACUUAAAUAGUCCAGCAACAAUAAUGACAAAUCAUUUUCAUGAUAUUAUACCAGUAUUACAUUUGAAUGGAAUAUGGGGAUUGAGUAAUUUAUUGCAUACCGCUGAUUCAAGUGUUUGUAUAAAUCUUUUUCAUGAAUUAGUUAAUAAAGGUGUAUGGUUAGAAUUAUUACAAUUGGCUUCAUCGAUACCAAAUAAUGAAUUUAAUUUUUCGUUUCCCAUGAAAAAUGAAUGGGAAGAUAAUGUGAAAAUAACUAAUUCCGGUAUGAAUCCAGGAAAUAGAGUUCCUGUAAUACCAGGAAUAAUGGUAUCACAUCAAGGUACUGAAAUGAAAUAUAUUGGUGAAUGUAAUCAAAGCAAUGAAAAAAUCAAUGAUGAUCAUUCGAAACAAAAAUAUCAAACAAAUUUAAAUUUGUUCAAUCGUUUCAAUACUGCUCAUCAUUAUAAUCAGCAUCAAUUAUUUUUGUCGAAUAAUACACAAUCUAAAUUUAAGUUUUCGAAAAAUAGUGCGCAAAUUCAUAUUUUAAUUGUUUAUCAAACCUUGAGCUUUUUACGCAAUCUACUUCGUGAUGAACAGUUCAUAGACACUGUGGUGAGUGAGCAUUGGUGGAACAUCACUCAAUUUAUAAUUGGUGUAUUGGAGUCGAACUAUCCUCAACCAGUCAAAGAACAGGCUGUACUUGUGAUUGCACAUAUUGCCACUGGUCGAACUGCACGAUGCGAAGUUCAUCGAAACGGAGAUUUAGUUGAAAAACUUACAUUAUUUAUGCGUUCACAAAAUAGUUACACAAAAGCUGCUGCAUUGACCGCAACAUAUAAUCUUUUAGGCUUACAAACUGAAUGUCUUGAUUCUUGUGGAUUAUUGAGCGCAUUUAAGGUGAAACAUAAACCAUACAUUUUAUCGCAUAGUAGACGUUUAAGAGUUCAACAUCACCGUCAUGAAACUCAUCAUCAUCACCAUCAUCAUGGAAAAAAACAAGAUCUAGGCAAUCAAACAACAUCUUUAGUAUCUUGUAGUAUAAAUCGUCGUGAAACAUCAACAUGUAUGGCUCAAAAUGCCUUAGAAGAAGAAGUUGAAGAAGAAGAACAACAACAGCAAGAAAAUGAAAAUCAAGAUAUUAUUGCAGAACACAGUGAUGAUUUUAUCAGUGAAAAUAUAUCAUCUGAACAAACUUCUGUUAUGCCUCAAACUUCUGAUACUGCUAUAUCUUUCAAUAUUGAUGACAAUGAUGAUAAUGAUAACACUGAUCAGUCUAGGUUACGUACACUUCGAAGACGUAGAUAUUAUCGAUCAUGGCAAGCAACUUCACCUUCUAUGUCAGAUAAUCACGAAUUAUUAGAAAUAAAUGAGCAAGAAAGACAACUUAAUGAACCAUCCACUGAAAAUACUCGAUCACCAUCUUCACAUUCAAGAUCAUUGUCAUCAUCAUCAUCGUCAUCUGGUACUUCUUCGACCUCGUCAUGUGUAGGUGAAACCAGUGUUGGUACUGAAUUGACAAAUUUACAUCAAUCAGUUAUAGUUGAUAUGUGUGGUAUGUCAUCACCUAGUUGUACUGAUGAAGAUGUGGAAGAUAUCAAUCAACAUGCUGUCACAAUAAGUUCCCUAUCACCUACAUUAACAAUAAGUGAUCGAGCUCCAUUAGCUGACGAAGAACAUGAUGAAGAUCGUGGUACUACAGCAGAAAUGCAACAUUCAGGUAUGACAGAUUCAGAUUUACUUAGUCCAUUGUCUUCAUCUAGUCAAAAAUGUGAAAUGGGUUCAAAUCCAGAUGAUGUUUCAAGUACAGAAUGUCUUGAUCUUAAUAGUUCUGAACAGAUAAACAACAAUACAACACAGAAUGUUUUUAAUAAUAAUACGGAGAAUAACAAUAAAAAUAACGAUGAUAAUAAUACUAAUCAUGGGAAUAUUCCAUCUACUUCUCAUCACCUUCCUCAUUCUACCACUUCAACAUCAAAUUCUAAUCGAGAUUGGGAAACUGGAUUUUGCCAAAUUUUAUUACCUUUCUUACAAGAAUUAGAUUCAGAUCAGAUAUUACGUAGUACAUGGGAUUGGUUAAUGUUAUGCGCUAAUAAAGAUGGUAAACCAGUAUUUUUGAAUAGUUUGUUUCAUGCAUGGCAACGAUUAUAUACAAAUAUACCCAAUUUGACUUCAAUACAAACACUACAACCUGAAAUAGCGCAGUCUUCAUCUGUCAGUAAUGAUAAUAACAAUACUAUUACUGCGAGUGAAUUUCUAAGUAAGAUUAAAGAAUCAAUGGAAACAGGCACAUCACCUAACUCCUUAUUGAUUAACUUGCCACGAUAUUGGGAAAAUCGACAUCGUCACCGAUGUCGACGUCAACAUCGUCAUCACUGUCAUCAUCGUCAUCGUGUACGUCGACAAAAUCAACAACACUCUACUACUACUACUACGACUACAGAUCAUCCGGAAUCAAUUAAUGCAGUCGAUACAAAUAUUAUCACAAAUUCACCAGUGCCUCCAUCAACAUCAAAUGAAAAUCUUGAACAGACAGGUUAAAAAUGUUGGAAAUUUUCUUUUCUUUAAAAGAGUUGUCUUUGUUUCACAUCGGAAUGUUUGUUUUGCUUGACUUUUUUCAGGUGUUUUUUUCAAUUGUUUAUUUUAUUUGGUUUCAUUUUUACGUUUCGCCUCAAUAGGUGUGUGUAUAUGCGUGUGUGUUUAAUUAUAUUCAGAUACAUUGAGAAUAAUACGCACAAUCAUACUCUCGUAUGUUUGUUGUAUGUUUCGCACUAUUUCAUGACACUGUACACACUUUCGAGUUUUAUUGUUUGUUUUUUAAAGAAUAAAACAAGUAAACCGGCAACAGAAAUAACCAUAUUUCAAUGUUUUCUUGUGUCUUUCUGAAUAAACUUACAUUAUGAUCAUUAUUUGUAUUAUGAUAAUGUUUAAUGUGUAUUGUCCCUUCUUCUAAUUAUUAAUUAUCUGAUACACAUGAAAUUUUGUUUAUCGCUCUUAUCAUCUCAUGAAUAUUACCAAAUGAUCAUCAUCAUUCCCAUUAAAUUACCCUUGAUCAAUCGACCUUUUGUUAUUGAAAAACAUGUAAACAGACAAGUAAAAACAAUCAAAUGAUAAAAUCAAAUUCUUUUAUUCAUUAUAAUGAUAACAAUAAUGAUUAUUUUUCAAGAUGUUUGGAGUAUGUAGAUUUCAAGGGUUUUUUCCAAGGAGAAUGUUUUUAUGUUUUGGAGAGAAGAAAUAAGCCCAUCAUCUUUAAUGUUUCACUUGAUUACAUAGAUACUGUCAUUAUGUUUUUGCUAUUCACUUAUACUUAUUAUUAUCAUCGUUGCUAUGACCCUAGUAUAUAUUCUAUCCGCAACUUUUCCAUAUUUCCCUUUCAUCUCACCCUUCCUUUCCUAUUUCAUCCGUAUGCAAAGCAUAUUAGACAGGAAAGGUGCAUUGUUUAUAAUUUGACCUACAUCUUUUUUAAAAGAACACAAACAUUGAAAUGUACUAUUGUGUAUAGUAUAUUUCAAAGAAAUUUAAAUGAUUGUUAUCAAUUUUUGUUAUUUGUUGGUGUCAUUACGCUGACUAGACGAAUCACAUACAUAAUGGAACGAUUUUGCAAAGAAAAAAAAUCAGUGACAAGUCUUCUAUUCUUUCUGUCUUAUUACUAUUAUCUAAUGAUUCUAUUUUGUAUAUUUAAUAACGGAAAAUAUGGUAUAUAUUAUAUAGAAUAAUUUGUUUUGGCCUACUUUUCCCCCUUGUUUUGUUUAUUUUUUUGGUCAAUUAUGAAUUUGUUCACUGUCAAGUUAAUUAACCUAUCAAGAAGUAAAUUAAAAGUUAAGACCAUAAUACUGAUCUGUUAUGCAACAUAAUUGAUUUACAAAAUUAUCAGAUUGUAAUAAUUUUAACUUGACUAUUAAUUUUAAAUUCAUACUAAUCAUCUGUAUAAGUUAAUUUUUGAAAUAUACAAGAAUCAUUUAAAUGAUUGAUAAAAGUUUAUGUGAUAAGAAAAUUUCUAAUGAAAGAAAAAAUAGAUGCAUUUUAUUCCUAUUAGUUUCCCUUUUCUUUUGUAGUCAAUAAAUUUUUUUUUGUGAUCA